AUGACCAUUACGCCCAGCUCUGAAAUCACCCCCUCAACAAGACACGAUAGUCCCCCACCACCUCGGUCGUUUCCGCUCGGAAAGGCUAAUAUCUAUCAACCCCCCGAUGAACUCCAUGCUAUUAGCACGUCCCUACCGACUUGGGACUCGGUGUCUGCCAUGGCCCGCCAAGACAGUUGGGUAGUGGAGACGGUCAAAUGGGGCUAUCCACGAUUCAAAAUAAACGCUCAAGUCAAGGAGCUCUCGGAUGCCGUCUUACACCGGCUCAAGGUCACCGAUGAAAUGACAGGAUGUAUGAUAUUCAGUUCUGCAAAGGCUGCUCAACAAUGUGCUACCACCCUCAAGGCCACCUCGAGGCAGCAAUCGGUUAUAGAGAUAGUUGAAUUCGUCAUGUCUCCUGCCUCCGACCUUGGAGAUGGGACGGCCUACUGGGCUCAGUUCUCGGCCACGUUAUUCCCGGAUGAGCUGUGGAGUGAGGCCUUGGCCUUUUGGCGUGACACUGGUACUGGUAUUUCCACACGACAUGCUCCUUUCUGUCUCGAGGAAUUAUGCUACCUGGAGUCCAAGUCCUCCAAUCCAGCAUAUCAAACAUCAUCUCCAUGCAAAAGGGAGAACCAAUCCAGCUCCCAACUUCACAUGUCAGUGCGCUCGGCCCUAGUUAGCAUACCCGCAAUACAAUCCGUUAUUGCGCAGUUCGUUACCUCCGAGCAGCCAGGACAACUUCCCGUACAGCCGGACGAUGUUUUCCUGUACCCAAAUGGGACAAACGCUAUAUAUUUACUAUCGCAGAUGUUGGCCUCGUUCAAGGCCGAACCCACAGUUGUGGCAUAUGGGUGGCUAUAUCCCGAGACAGUUAAGGCGCUCCACCGAUGUGCUUGGAAAGAAUGCAUCUCAUAUAAAUACGGAACGGAGGAGGAGUUGGAUCAACUGGAGAGCAUGCUUGCAUCCGGUCGACUGGUUGAUGCGCUGUUUUGCGAAUUGCCCAGCAAUAUUAAACUGUCAUCACCCAAUGUCUUCCGAAUCCGGGCCCUUGCAGAACGUUAUAGUUUUAUCAUAGUUUGCGACGACACAGUUGCCGGUUAUGUGAAUAUCGAUGUUCUUCCUUACGUGGACGUUAUAAUUUCAAGCCUGACAAAGACUUUCAGCGGAGCCUCUAACGUCACUGGAGGAGGACUUGUGGUCAAUCCCAACUCGCGUCAUUACAGCAGAAUCCAUGGCACUCUAUGUACGGAGUAUGAGAGUACCUACUUCCCAAUGGACGUUGACGUUCUCCGGAACAACAGCAAGGACUUGGUCUGGCGGAUAAAGCAAUGCAGUGACAACGCGCUUCCUCUGGUGGAUCUAUUUCAGAGUCACUCAUCGAUCGCUCAGGUUAACUAUCCGUCCACGUCGCCAACUGCAUCUUUAUAUAAGCGCCUGAUGCGGAAAGGUGGUAGUUACGGCAAUGUCCUGAGUGUGGUUUUUCGGGAACCACGCAGUGCAGAGCACUUUUAUAAUACCUUAAACAUAUGCAAGGGCACAAGCUUUGGAACAAAUUUUACCUUGGCCCUUCCAUAUGUUCAGUUGGCAAACUACCGGGACCGUGACAAGGUUGGAAAAUACGGCGUGCCACAGCAUAUUAUUCGUAUGAGUGUUGGCCUUGAGGACAAGGAACAGCUUCUCCACGCCGUGGCAGCUGCCCUUGGAGAAGUCGAAAGAAUUGAAUCUUGA